GCCCGGAGUCUGAGGAGGAGCAGCGGCGGUCCUGGUCUUCCUGGCGGGCGGGAGGAGAACAAAUUAUUGUAGGUUUGGUGUCUUGGAAGUAUGGAAUCAAUCUCUAUGAUGGGAAGUCCUAAGAAUCACAAAGAAACUUUUCUACCAAAUGUCUCCAAUGGCAUCAAGGAUGCCAGUAAGAUCACAAUAGGCAUCAUUGGAAGUGGAGAUUUUGCUAAGUCAUUGACAAUUAGACUUAUCAGAUGUGGGUACCACGUGGUCGUAGGAAGCAGAAACCCUAAACUUGCUGCUGAGUUCUUUCCACAUGUGGUUGAUGUCACACACCAUGAAGAUGCUGUAGCAAAAACAAACAUCAUUUUUGUAGCCAUUCACAGAGAACACUACACCUCUUUGUGGGACCUCAAACAUUUACUCGCUGGUAAAAUUCUGAUUGAUGUCAGCAAUAAUACAAGAGUAGACCAAUAUCCAGACUCCAAUGCAGAGUAUUUGGCAUCACUUUUCCCAGAUUCCCUGAUUGUCAAAGGAUUCAAUGUCAUUUCAGCUUGGUCACUGCAAUUAGGACCAAAGGAUGCCAGCAGACAGGUUUAUAUAUGCAGUAACAAUGUUCAGGCUCGCCAUCAAGUUAUUGAACUUGCCCAUCAGCUCAGUUUUAUUCCUGUUGAUUUGGGGGCAUUGUCAUCUUCACGGGAGAUCGAAAACUUACCUCUGCAACUGUUCACACUGUGGAAGGGGCCUGUAGUGCUUGCCAUUAGCCUGGCAACGUUUUUCUUCAUCUAUUCCUUUGUCAGAGAUGUAAUCCAUCCAUACAUGAGAAAUCAGCAGAGUGACUUUUAUAAGAUCCCCAUUGAGAUUGUGAACAAGACUCUACCAAUUGUUGGUAUCACUUUACUUUCUCUAGUGUACUUAUCAGGACUUAUUGCAGCUGCGUACCAGCUUUACUACGGUACUAAGUAUAGGCGGUUUCCACCUUGGCUGGACAACUGGCUCCAGUGUCGGAAGCAGCUAGGACUGCUCAGUUUUUUCUUUGCAACAGUGCAUGUGGCAUACAGCCUCUGCUUACCCAUGAGGAGAUCAGAGCGAUACUUGUUCCUCAAUAUGGCAUAUCAACAGGUUCAUGCAAAUGUUGAAAAUUCUUGGAAUGAGGAAGAAGUGUGGCGAAUAGAAAUAUAUAUCUCCUUUGGAAUAAUGAGUCUUGGAUUGCUUUCUUUGCUGGCAGUAACUUCCAUCCCUUCAGUAAACAGUGCCUUAAACUGGAGGGAGUUCGGUUUUAUUCAGUCCACACUUGGAUACAUUGCUCUGCUCAUAAGUACUUUCCAUGUACUGAUUUAUGGAUGGAAAAGAGCUUUUGAAGAAGAGUAUUACAGAUUUUAUACACCACCAAAUUUUGUUCUUGCCCUUGUUCUGCCUUCCAUUGUAAUUCUAGGUAAGACCAUUUUACUUUUGCCAUGUGUAAGUAAAAAACUGAGAAGAAUUCGAAGAGGAUGGGAGAAAAGCCAUGUUACAGAAGUAAGUGGGUCUAUUUCACAUCUCUCCCCAGAAAGGAUAACUGUGAUGUGAUAAUAGACUAAUAUUUGUUAGCACUGUUGUAAAUUCUAGGGUAUUUUGUCAUAAAUGUGUAUUUGCAGGAUUUCAGUUAAGUAUGAGUAAAGUCACUGUGGACUUGCUUGGCAUCUAGUACAAGCUCUAAACCAAACUAUGAUAAAUUUUUAUAACUAGAAGAGUACUGCUUCAGAUAACUACAAAAAUAUUUUUGUUUUAAAUUUCAGAGGGUUAGAUGAUUAUGAAAUCAGAAUUUUAUAAUGCUUCUUUGCACAGUUGUAUCACAUUAUAACCAUGAGUUCCAGAUAUUUUUUUGACUUAGAGCAUAUGCGUCAGAGUACUGUUUAUUAAUGCCACAUUUUCUGGGCACUGUUUCUUUUAUUAAAGCCACACUUCUGAGUUACUGUGAACAGAACAUAUACUAUUAGAGUUAAUAAUUUAAGAAAUAAACAGGUUUUGAAACAAGUUAAAGUAAUUUAUAAUGACGUAUUGCACAUGUACAGUAUAUUUUGUGUGUGUGGUUUUACACAAUUCCAUUAUUUGAAUAUUCGAAACCAUUUAAAUUAUUGUGUAUAUCUGUUAAGCAAAUGGCAUUGUACCGUUGUUUCUUUCAAAGUAGGAUUUUAGACCUUUGUCAUCUUUUUAUUUUCAUACAUCACAUAAUGAAAAAUCAAAGCAAUGUUACACAUGUGUAGGAAGACUUGCAGAUAUGUGUGCAACUAGUUUUUGGGUUUAGAAUGAUUGUGAAAUACCAGAAAAUAUUUUAAAACAGAAAAAAUGCUGAGAAGUCUGCAACAAUAAAAAUCUAUUUUCACUGUGAAAUUUUCAGUAUGCUGAUAAAACAGAGAAGCAACACAAAACUCCUUUUCCAUAUGUUUUACACUGGAGUUUUUGUUAUUUUCUAUUAAUUUCCCAGAGACUAUCUUACAAUCUUAGUAUCUCUUUGUGCAAACAUAAUCUUCUAUUUUUAUGUAAAAGUUUUACAACAAGUCUCUCUGGGAUAUGCCUGAAAUUUUUGAGAAACAAAACUGUUGUUCUUUUACUUUAAAAUGAAAAUCUGUCUCUGAAGCUUGACGUCUGCAUUUCCUGUGCAAUUCAAAAGAACAUCCAUAAUUAUUUCUGUCUACUGCUUUGACAAGUUCUACCCUUCUCUAAUGUAAUAGCCAAACUCAACUCAUAUACCUUCCAGCCACUCCUGCCUAAUUAGCAAAACUUCUAUUUCGGUGAUCAGAAUGUGUAUUUGGUAAUUGCCUUUCCUUCUAUGAAAUCGUAUUUUUCUUAGCUAUAUUUGCACUGUUGACAGUCUCUGACUUUUUUAGCUGAACCUUCACUUAUUUAUUAUGUUGCAAGAAUUUGUCAUCUAUAUCAUAAAUCAGAAAUAUACCCUACUUAAGCUUGAAUUUAUCCUUAAAUAUCACUAGUCCUGUAAAUCUCAUUAUCUCUGUCAUAAAACCAACAUGUCCACAGACUGAGAAGAAUCUAGAAUCAAACUCUGCUCCCAGUUAUGCCACCCUAAAUCCAGGGAGUUCAUCGUAGUUGUUCUUACUUUCAUUUAAAGCUCAAAAAAACUAUCACAGUUUAAUUUUCAUUGUAGUAUCCAUAUUCCCCAAAUUUACACACCAAGUCUGUGUAUAUUCAGCUUUGUUGCAAAUCAAGA